CCAGCCUCUUCUUGGAUGUAUGUGUGAUAUGUACAAGUGACAUUGUUUAGGCCAUUGCCACUUUCAACCUGUUUUAACCCUUUAUUGCCAAACAAACAUUAAAUUGGAGUUAAUUUUUAAAUCACAAAAGUUCAAAAAUAUAAUAAUAAUAUUUCUAAAAUUAAUAAUAAUGUAUUUUAUAUAAAAAUACUAAAUAAUAAAUAAAAAAAUAUUUGAGUAUAAUAAUAUUUACUAAAUAAAUAAUAUUUAUUUUUUAUUGUAAAUUGAAACAAAUAUGUUCUCACGCUUUUAUUGGUAGUUGUAUAUUUGUGUGUGAAUACUUGAUGCUGUUGAAUAAAGUGUAUACAUAAUUGGGUAUAAAUAAUAUAUACAUAAAUUCCAUUGUGGAGAUGAACGCCCAGGGACAACAUCAUGUACAAGAACAUGGACAUGCUGUGGUUGUAUGGGAAUGGGAAAAUCGUCAAGGUAGAUGGAGACCAUAUAAUCCAGCAGUAUCACAACAUCUUGAAAGAGCACAUUUUAAAAAAUUAACACAAGUUUUUUUAAAUGAUGCUGAUCCAACACUUGAUCAAUAUUAUAUUAAUUUAAAAACAAAAACACAAUGUAGUGAUGAUGGAGAAGAAAUACACAAUGUUAGAAGAAAAUUAUAUUUACCAGGUUCACCAGCAGGUAAAGGUGCUAAAUGGGAAUGGGCUGGUGAUACAAAUGAUUGGCAUACUUAUGAUAUGGAUGUACAAUGUCUUAUUGAAGAAUCAUGGGCAAUGGGUAAUAAAACAAUUGAUGUAUCAAAAACAUAUCUUGGUUUUCCAUAUAUUAUAAAUUUUUGUAAUUUAACACAAGUUAGAUGUUGUUCUGGAUAUGUUAGACCAAUUCGUCGUGUACAACAAGCUCCAUAUCCACUAGUCAAAGUAACACUUGAAGAAUUACAAUAUGCAACUGGUAAAAAACCAUUACCACAAUUACAAGUUAAAAAUUUAAAUAAUAAAUCAACUCAUAAAAAACAACCAUGUGGUAGUAGUAAAAAAAAUAGUAAAAAAAAUAAAAGUAGUGAUAAUGGAGCAACAAAUAUUGCACGUGUUAUACUGAGUAAUUUUAAUAUUUUUAGUACAAGUAAUAAACACAGUAUAGAUAAUAAUAAUUCAACAACAACAACAACAACAGCUCCAUCAACACAAUCAUCACAACAAACAACAACAGCAGCAGGAACAACAACAACAACAAGAUCACAAAUUGAUCAACAUGCAACAUCAAAACAACAAAAAAAUUGGGAAAGUUUACUUGAUGUUGAUUCUAGUAGUACAAAAUCUGGACGUCGACCAAGUGUUGAUACAGUAUCAACAUAUCUUAGUCAUGAAAAUCCAAUUGAUUUACUUGAUAGUAGUGUUGGUAGUGAUGAUGCAUUUAAAGAUGCUGUUGUUGGUGUUGAUGUACAUUCAGAUGUUAUAUCACAAUAUGUUAAAGUUGUAGAAAGUGAUGGUACAGAUUCAUGUCCAGUUUGUCUUGGUACACCAGAACCAUUAACUGUUGAAUUAACACGUUGUCGUCAUAGAUUACAUCUUGCAUGUUUAAAUGCAAUGUUGAGUUCAAAUUGUGUUGCAAAUUCAAUGUAUAUACAGUGUCCAGUAUGUCGUAUGAUUUAUGGAGAAAAAAGAGGUAAUCAACCACCUGGAAGUAUGAAUUGGACUCGUAUAUCAAGAUCAUUACCAGGCUUUCCACAUUCACACACAAUUCAAAUAACAUAUGAUAUACCAUCAGGUAUUCAAGGACCAGAACAUCCAAAUCCAGGACAAACAUAUUAUGCUGUUGGUUUUCCAAGAAUAUGUUAUUUACCUGAUAAUGAUUUAGGACGUCAAGUAUUAAGAUUAUUACAAAUUGCAUUUGAAAGACGUUUAACAUUUACAAUUGGUCGUUCAGUUACAACUGGACGUGAAGAUGUUGUUACAUGGAAUGAAAUACAUCAUAAAACUGAACUUGGACAUUCAACAUCUGGUCAUGGUUGGCCAGAUAUUAGUUAUCUUGAUCGUACAUUAUCUGAACUUGCUGCACAAGGUAUUACUGAACAAUCAGCAGGCAUGUCACUAUAUCAAGAAUUACGUUAAUUUAAAUACACAAUACAUUAACAAACAACAUGGGCAUAGCAAAAAUAUAAUUUUAUAUUUAUAAUCUUCCAUUAGUUUAUAUUUUUAAUAAAAGUAUAUUAUAUAUAUUAAUAUUUUAUUAUUAUAAUCAUGUUUAUUUCUAUUUUAUAUUUUAGUAUUAUUCAUGUUCGGAUAUUUUAAAUUUAUAUUGUUUAUGUAAACAAAAACUAAAAUGAAUAAAAAAAAUAUCAGCAAUAUUUUUCAAUUAAUUAACAAAAUAGUUUUUUAUAUUUUUCAUAUGUUUAUUAUUAUUUUUAUUAUUUCAUAUUUGUAUGGUGUUUUUUAUUUAUUUAUUAAUUUUUUUUAUUUCAAAUGAUGUACCUGGCGAAAGAAUAAGGCGACAUGUUUAGCUUAAAUAUAUAUUUCUCUUCAUGGUUUACAUGAAAACUGUUGCCACAUUCUUUAGCUGGUUUACCCCUCUAUGUAUGUUUAGAUCACUGACCUUAUACACCUCCAUGAUCAUUGAUCACUGACAAUAAUUCUAUUCUGAUUUCUGACAACUAUUCUGUUCUAUCCCACCACGUUGUUGAAGAUAAUCAUCUCUAGGUAAAAAAAAAAAAAAAAGACAACAUACAUAAUAAACUUAUCAUGUCUUCUUUUUCUUCAAAUUCAAGUUUUGAAGAAAAAAUCGAGGCUGUUUAUGAAAAACUUAAAAAAGACAGAGAAGAGAAAGAUCAACGUAUAGAAGCCAGUGGUCGUCUAGAUUAUUAUAGACCACGAAAUAUUAGUGAAGCUACCAUAAAGCAUAAUCGAUUAGUACUAAUUAAAAGACACGUAGAAGUAAAACUAUUGUUACACAAAAAAGACGAUGAAAUUCAUCGUCACAAACAAAAUGAACCAACACCUAUGACAGAUGCUCAUAAAAACAAACUAACAACUCUUCAAAGUGAGCAAAUGGCUCUUUUAGUAGAGCUCGCAGCUAUUAUUAAGCUAAGUCUUGAAGAUUCCGCUAAAGUAGCCUAUAGAAGAAGAAUGCCUAUAAAAACAUCAAGCAAUUGUGGAUGGAAAAUUUAUUAAAUUAAAAAAUAAAAAACAACUGAAAUAUAAUUUUUAUAUAAAUCACAUGUACAGCAACC